AUGAAGUCGCAACAUAUCAGUUCCAACUCUGGCGGCCGCGGCGGCUACGGCCCCACUGGCGGUGCGCCACACCCUCGUGGUAACCCGCACCACCUUGAGUAUAGACCCAAAGGUGUCCAACAGCAUCUUGAUGCGCACUCACAAAUGCCAUCACCUGGAGCUGACGGAAUGGACAUUAAUGCGCCAGUUUUUAAGCAGAAUGGAGGCUUUAGCCUGCAACAUACAGCAAGACCUUAUCAUGGCACAAUGGGGUACGGUCAUAGUCCAAUUAUGAAUAAUGAACCCCGACCUGUUAUCCCACAACAAAUGCGCGGGCCUCCUGGUGGUCACCAUCAUCAUCAACAGUCACGUAUGCGUCCUCCACGAGGCGCCAUGCAUCACCAGCAACAGUAUAUGCCGAGAGGUGCAAUGAAUACAACUGCACAAGGAUACUAUCCACCUCAAAUGCAAAUUCCACCGCCAUACAUGAUGGGUCCAGGUCAGUACAUGGGAGGUCCACCCAUGUAUGGGAUGCCUCCUAUCCAGGAUAUAGGUAUGGGUGUGGCAGGAAUGCCUAUGCCCAUGUCAGUUCCACAACAUCAGCCACCUCCUAAGCGUGAGCGAAAGAGACUCGAUAUUGUUGACCCAAAGACGGGAAAACCAAUUGUUCUUGGAGGCAGUUCGACUGUUGCUUCAGUGGCAGAUGACUCGAAAGCGAUGGUGCCCAAUGCUUGCUCUCCAGCCCAAAGCACUCCAAAAAAGGAGUCCGCGUCUGUAGAUUCUUCCGCUUCACCUCCUUCACAGACUUCAGAAACUGACUCGAAACGAAGUGGUUCGAUGACUUCAGCCUCUAAUACACCUAAAAUGUUUUCUCCGGUGAAGAUGACUGCUGAAAGUCUUUUAACAGGAGCAAUAAAGCCUGAUGAGGAAGUCAAUGAGGCUGGAGUAAAAAAAUUAGGGUCAUCGGAAGCUGUUAAGAAGUCUAACUGCCAGGAUGCUGCGAUGGAUAUUGACAAACACAAGACCGAAUCGCCUGUUAAGGUUUCAUCGACGACAAUCACCACUCCCACCACGACUACUCGUUCAUCUGGUAAUGUCAGCUUAGAAUCAAAACUAAAGCCUGCUGUAAAGCAGGAAAGUGUCUCGAGCAAGCAACCGACGACUAUUUCCCCCAAAAAGAAAGUUUCUGUACAAGAUGCCGCUCCGAACGCACUCCAACAAAAGGCUCUGGUUGUGGAAACUGAAGACGAGGUAAAUGAUGACGCAUCAACUCCAAGGACUAUAGAGAAAACAAAAGAUGUGAAUAUAGCUUCACAAAAAAUAGUGAAUGGCAAGAUUACUUACACACUCGAGUGUAUGAUGAGCUUUCGUGAGCAAUACAAAGAAGUUCCUGCCGCUGCAGCUGCUCCGGAUUCCGAUUGGCCAACUAUGGAUAUAAUCAGCGAAGUAGCUGUAUCUCGCAGUGGAUCUAGGGGUGGACGCAACAGUGCUGGAUGGGAACGCGGCGAAAAACAACCGGGUAGUUCAGGAAGGGGGUCCCGCGGUAACCAGUGGGCUCGUUCUCAGGAUCUGCCAAAGCGUGGUCGAGGAGAGAGAGGGGGCCGUGGUGGCCGUGGGGGGCGCGGUGGUCCUCCCGAUCCGCCUCUUCUGGAAGGCCCUGUUAAGCCUUUGACCCGAUCCGCGAACCGAUGGAUUCCCACGAAAAAUGCCUCGACUUUAGAGGUAAUGAAAAAAAAUGUGAAUGGCAUUAUGAACAAGAUGACUCGUGAGAAAUUCAGUCGGCUAGCCGGACAAUUGACUUCUAUCAACAUGGAAAGCCUGGAAAUGCUCCAGGCAGUCAUAAAAAUUAUUUUCGACAAGGCAGUGAAUGAGCCCAAUUUUUGCGAUAUGUACGCGGAUCUUUGUGUCCAUUUGGAAGCCAAUUGGAUAGUUUGGUCGUUUUUAAAAAUAGUUCAAAAUGACGAUGAUAAAAUGUUCUAUUGGACGGCGAUGUCUGAUGCAGACUCGGAAGUGGUCGGCCCUUUUGACGACGUAACUAGUGCAUUAGAAUCGGCCAACAGCGAGGAAUUUGAACCAGUUUCUGCUCCAUCUAACAUGAAACUUAGUGAAGUUCGAGUGCGAAAUCACAAAUUUAUAAAGGUUUGGGUGGAAGAAGAUCCGAACAAGUCUCGGUUCUACUGGUCAGGUCAAGAUCUCGACGAUCUCGGAAAUGACCAAGUGCUUGAUGGCCCCCAUAAUAGUCACGAGGCCGCCAGCCGAGUCGCAAUCAAGACUUGUUCUUUUAAGCGUAUUCUGCUGAACGCAUGCCAAGAAGAGUUCGAGAAGGACAACAUUUACGAAGAGCUAGAAACUAGGUUUAAAAAGGACAAGGAUGAAGGCAAAAUUAGCCCGCAAAUGGAAGCUGAUUAUGAGGAGAAGCGUCUAAUUAUGAAGUUACGUAUGCUCGGAAAUAUUCGCUUUAUUGGUGAGCUAUAUCGGAAAGGAAUGCUUCAGGAACGCAUCAUGCACGAAUGCAUAAUGAAGCUGAUGGAUGUUUGUCCCAACACUGAUGGAAAUUUGGGUUGCGUUCAUCCUGACAACCCUCCUGAUGAAGAAAGUAUUGAGUCUCUGGCUAAGCUGCUGACCACGAUGGGAAAAGACUUAGAUACACACGGAGCCGAGGGGUCAAUGUCAUUGUACUUUCAGUAUUUGGAGAAUAAGCUGAAAUCGCGUACAACUGUCGUGUACACUCCACAGUUGGAAUGUCACGGUACGAAGCGGAUCUAG